ACACACAAUAAUAAAAGAUCAUAUCCCAAUAAAAAGCAAAAGGAUUAAGCUAAAGAACGCCUCUUUUCUCUAUAUGCCAGUAUACGUUAUAAUACACAAAUGGAGGUGUAUUUCACUGAAUAAAAGAGGCACCUGUGAGAUCAGAUGGCAAAAGCUUUCCUACAGCUAUAAAAGAAAUGCAUCUGUCAGAGUAAGUCAGUCAGUCGAUCAUCUUGCUGCUCCUAGCUUGAUGAUAUAAUGCAUUUCUUGGCUAUAUCUGUACUCCUGGCAACUGCUUUCAGUGCAGUUACAUCCAAUGAAGAAGCACAUUCACUGGUUAAUGAAGAGAAAGUUAAUGACACUCUUGUCAGAUUAGUUUAUCUUCAGAUUUUGCGUGGUAGAGAUGGCCGUGAUGGAGUAUCAGGAAGAGAUGGAGUGAAAGGAGAAAGAGGAGAUAAGGGAGAGAAAGGUGAAACUGGACCUGUUGGACCAGCUGGUCCUAAGUGUGGAGGAGUAGUGUACACUCGUUGGGGAAGGAAGUCCUGUCCUACUGGAGCUGAACUACUGUAUGAGGGAAUAACUGGUGGUGAAGCAAAUAACAGUCCUGGAGGUGGUGCCAACUAUGUCUGCUUGCAUAAGGAUCCCCAAUACUUAAGUUCUCAUUCUCCAGCUUAUAGUGGUUUUAUGUACGGUACUGAAUAUGAAUGGUCUAAUGGUAUAUUUACUGGUAGAGAUCAGCACAAUGCUCCUUGUGCAGUAUGUUAUACAUCUACUAAGAGUGUUAAACUGAUGAUUCCUGCUAGAACCAGCUGUCCUUCAUCAUGGACUAUGGAAUACAGAGGAUACCUGAUGGCUGAAAGAGAUGCUCACAAAAGAAAUGCAGUCUAUGAGUGUGUUGAUGAAAACGUUGAAUCUGUUGAUGGUAGUGGCGCCAGUGCUCAAGGUGCUAUGCUUUUCUUUACUUUGUCAACUUGUGAAAAAUGA